AUGCGCCAUUCGUGGGCGGGCCCAUCGCUGGCCCCUCCCCCGGCGCGGGCACGUCGGCGCGCGGGGUGGGUGUGACGCAGUUGCCCAUGGUAACCCCGGGCCGCGCCGAGGAUGGGUUUACUGUCAAUCUUGCGCAAACUAAAAAGCACCCCAGACCAGGAGGUGAGAAUCCUCCUCUUGGGACUGGAUAAUGCAGGCAAGACCACACUCCUGAAACAGCUGGCAUCAGAGGACAUCAGCCACAUCACCCCAACACAGGGCUUCAACAUCAAAAGUGUACAGUCACAAGGCUUCAAACUGAACGUAUGGGACAUAGGCGGACAGAGGAAGAUCAGACCAUACUGGAGGAACUAUUUUGAAAACACUGAUAUCCUUAUCUAUGUCAUUGACAGUGCAGAUAGGAAGAGGUUUGAAGAAACAGGUCAGGAGCUGGCUGAGCUUUUGGAUGAAGAAAAGCUUAGCGGAGUCCCCGUGCUCAUAUUCGCUAACAAGCAGGAUUUGCUGACGGCUGCCCCUGCUUCGGAGAUUGCCGAGGGACUGAACCUGCACACAAUCCGGGACAGAGUCUGGCAGAUCCAGUCUUGUUCAGCUCUUUCGGGAGAGGGAGUACAGGACGGCAUGAACUGGGUGUGCAAAAAUGUCUGUACUAAGAAGAAGUAAAGCAUUCUGAGCUGCAUGGAAAUGGAGGAGCGGUGGGAGCAGAAUUCUAGCCUGAAAACACUAAUUUGCUGCUUUCUGACCAAAUGUUUUUCCAUCUGUGCACAGCUACAGCUGUUAAAAGAAAAAAAAAAAAGAGAGAAAAAAGGGAGCAACAUUGGUUUAAACCUACUGCUGGAUUUGGAACUUGACCUGCUCUUUAGUAUAAUUUUUUUUAUCCCAAUAAAGGAAUUACAUAUUUCCUCCCUA